CUUUGUUUACCUUCCUGGAUUCAUUUGAUUGGCUACUGUGCUGACAGGUCACACAUACAUACACACAGGUGCAGAGAGAGAGGGGGAGGAGUGAAAUGAAUGGAUUAGUGCACGCAUUUAAAAAUGUUUUAAUAUUUGGGUUUGUAUCAAGUCUUUUCAAGUCAAAGGGCUCAAGUCCGAGUGAAGUCACAAGUCAUUGGUGUUAAAGUCCAAGUCGAGUUGCAAGUCUUUUUACAUUUUUUCAAGUUGAGUCUAAAGUCAUCAAAUUAAUGACUGAGUCCGACUCGAGUCCAAGUCAUGUGACUCGAGUCCACACCUCUGGUAGAUGCCGUUCUGAUCCACACUCCAGUCUAGAAGGUGGCGGUAAUGCACCAAAAGCUGGUUGCCAACCACCAUUAAACAACAGAAGAAGACGAAGAAGCUCUGCGUUUGUCAGUAAUGUUGCUGUGCGCACAGAAUGGAUGCAGAGCAACCUCGGAAAAGCUUAGAAAAAUACCGGCUUCAUCUGCACACACUGGCUUUGAAACCAAGCAUAUGUGGAUGUAACGUGACUGCCAUUAGUGCAAAGAAGUUACACUGACUGAGCAGUGACGUGGAAGUGAUGGGUCCAAGGAGGAAGGCAUCUAAACUCCAGCUUAUAGGUGGCAUUGAUGGAGGGGAGCUGGUCCUCAGACCCAGUGAGCCAAAAGACUACAUCAAUGAGCUGUCCCAUGAAGUUCUUUGUCAUAUAUUCAGGUACCUUCCCAUGAAGGACAUCAUGUGUAUGGAGUGUCUGUCCAGAAAGCUUCGUGAAGCUGUGACUCUAUACCUGCGAGUGGUCAAAGUAGUGGAUCUAUGUGCUGGUCGCUGGUGGGAGUACAUGCCUUCAGGCUUCACAGACAGCAGCUUUCUGCUCCUUUUGAAGAAGAUGCCAGAUGUAGAGCAGCUAUAUGGCCUCCAUCCUCGAUACCUGGAGAGGAGACGAGUCCGAGGCUACGAGGCAUUCAGUAUACCUGGAGUCCUGGAGGCGCUGCAAGCCUGUCCCAAUCUAAUGGGUGUGGAGACAUCCCACCUGGAGCUUGUGGAAGCCAUAUGGAACUACAUGCCUCAAGUUCAUAUACUGGGAAAGUUUCGCAACCGUAACGGAGCUUUUCCUUCCUGCUCUGCUGAGAACAAACUGACCAUCCCCAUCACUGCAAAGAUCCAGACCCUACAUCUAGUAGGUGUGAAUGUUCCAGAGAUCCCCUGUGUGUCCAUGUUGCGCCACCUUUACCUGAAGUGGGUCCGUCUCACCAAACCACAGCCGUUUAAAGACUUUCUAUGUGUGAGCCUGAGAACCUUUGUCAUGCGGAACUGUGCUGGGCCAACAAACUCCCUCAAGUAUGUUCCCUUGGUUACUGGUUUAGCAUCAGCCCGGAACUUGGAGCAGCUGGAGUUGGUGAGAGUCCCCUUCCUGGGAGGACUGAUCCAACAUGUGGUUGAGGACAGCUGGAGGUCAGGAGGAUUUCGGAACCUUCACACCAUUGUGUUUGGUGCUUGUAAGAAUGCCCUAGAAGUGGACUUGGGCUACCUCAUCAUCACCGCUGCUCGCAGGCUUCAUGAACUGCGUAUCCAGCCUUCACUGACAAAAGAUGGAGUCUUCUCAGCUCUGAAAAUGGCUGAACUAGAGUUUCCUCAGUUUGAGACCCUUCAUCUGGGAUAUGUGGAUGAGUUCCUGCUGCAAUGUAAAAUGACUCACUCUGAGCUGGUUAAGUACGGUCUGGCUGACGUCAUUGAGAACCCAGGCAUCAUCACUGAUAUUGGCAUGAAGGUGGUGAACGAAGUGUUCACUAAUAUUAAAUACCUGCUCAUCUACAACUGUCCUCACUUGCAUAACCCUCAUCACUGGAUCACAGAGCAGUCCAGGUGGAGCCGCCUCGUUGAUCUCACUCUUGUUCGCUGCCAUGCUAUCAAACUGGAAUCCUUCUCCCAGUUCAUAGAGUUACUGCCCAGUCUGGAGUUUAUCUGUCUAGACCAGAUGUUUAGAGAACCACCCAAGGGUUGUGCCAGGGUGGGUCUGAGUGCAGGAACUGGUAUUGGUGUGUCCUCAGCACUAGUUAGCAACCAGAACUCCAACAAUGACAAUGACAACAACAACCACCACAACAAUAAUGAGGCCAACCUGCCCCCUGCUCCUCCACCUGUAGUCAACAAUAACCAAAGGCGGCAGCAGCAGCAGCACAAUGCACCAAUGGAGAUGAAUGGAAUGGGGAAUGGGGAGGAAGAGGAGGAAGAGUUGAUUUUGGAGGAGGAGAGCAUUGAGGUUGAGCCUCAGGUAGAGCUGAAAACACCAGAAGGGGAUGAGAAAGUGGAAGAAGCUGGCGUGGCUCCAGGGCCCAGUCAUACAGCUGGAACACAGCGACCCCCAGAUGAGGAGCAAGCAGGACCUAGUGGUUUAGUCCAGCAGUUUAGACCAGCUGGUGCUAUUGUUCCCAAGCCCCCACUGGCCACCUCAGACUCGGACAGUGAGGAAGAGGAAGGCCUCGUUUCAAGACUAAUGCCAACAUCCUCACUGCAGCAGCCAGCUUCUCAUAUAGAAGGUAAAGGAAAGGCUCCUCUGCGGCGGAGCAACAAUGUCGCUGAGUCUGUGACAUCCUCAGUGGAUCAGACAAAGGCUCAGGUGUCAGACAGCAGUUGUGAAAAGAGCUGUCAGGUGACCAGUGAACAGAUCAAAGCAGACAUGAAGGCUGCUGCUGAGAACAGCAGGAGGUCUACCAGUAAAGGAAUUAUUACUGAUGCUGGGGAGACCACUGCGAGGACAGAGGCUGACAGUGGGACAGUACGGGGCAGUGGGAAGGCUGGGGCAGCAGGAAGGACCAGCAUGAGGCCAGUGACUGGAUCUGUAUGCAGGAAUGAACCUGCAGCAGGUCCAGCAACCACUGACAGAGCUACAGGAACUGGCUGGACUAAUGACAGCACAGAGGGCCCUAGAGGACAGCAAGGGGGCGGUCGCACAAAGGAAGCUGGGUUGAGGCAGCGCUCUGGUACUGCUGGAGUGGACAGUCUGGAGCCCAGAGAUGCUGCUGUAAACCAUGCUCCCAGGAGACCUGCACUGCUGGAACAGGAAGACAGACAUCCUGCACCUCCUAGCUCUGCCUCUGCUGCUGGUUCAGGUUCACAACAGGUUCAGGCCAGAGAUGAGGACUUUGUUCCUAGACGACCUUUGACCCGAUCUUGCUCUCGUAUGUCCUUUGCAUCACUGGUACCUGAGACAGAUCUUUCAAGAGCCAGGCCUCGAGUAGCAGUAAGGAGGAAACGAAUGGCUGACAAAUCAACCAGCACCUCAGAUCCAGUCACUGAGGAUGACCACGUACAGGUUUUGUCUCUGAAGAGUAAGAACUUGGUGGGCAUCACUCUGACCAACUGUGGAAUCACUGACUUGGUCCUCCAAGACUGCCCCAAGAUGAUGUUUAUUCAUGCCACCAGAUGUCGAGUGUUGAAGCACCUGAAAGUUGAAAACGCCCCCAUACUGAACAGGUUUGAUUAUGCUCAGUGUAAGAAGCUGGACAUGGAACAGGUUUUGGAUCAGAUCCUGAGAAUGCCCCCUGAGAGGAACCGCAUCAUCUACAUGCGCCCUAUGCACCAGAUUGAUUCAGUAGCAUUGGAGCAUCAGCUCUUCCAGGGGCCCUAUCCCUACCACAUUGCUAUAGUGCAUGAGUUCAGCAAUCCUCCAAAUAUACGGAACAAGGUUCGCAUUCGCAGCUGGAUGGACACCAUAGCCAACAUCAGCCAAGAGUUGAUCAAGUAUGAGUUCUUUCCAGAGGCCACUAGGACUGAAGAGGAUGUCAAGAAUUAUCCCAGAUAUCCUUGGGGCCGGGACAUAUAUACACUGGAGGGAGUGGUGGAUGGUGCUCCCUACAGCAUGAUAACAGACUUCCCCUGGUUGAGGACUCUGAGAGCAGCUGAUCCCAACAGCUAUGCCCGCUAUGAUUUUGAGGAUGAUGAAAGCACCACCAUCUAUGCUCCUCGGCGUAAAGGCCAGCUGUCAGCUGACAUCUGUAUGGAGACCAUUGGGGAGGAAAUCUCAGAGCGCAGACAGAGCAAAAGAGGAGUUUUUCAGAGAGUGGUGGUCCUCUUCCUUCAUCACUGUGAUACACCGGGAGAACCUAUAGAUGAUGACUACAUCUAGAUACCACAAAGUACUCUCGUCAGUCACAUCCAGAGGGAUACCAGCACUUAUCAGUGGUAUUACAGCACUGCCCGAGCUCCUGACUGUGAAAACAUUUGGCUUUAUGUGAAAAUAAAGCAAUGUUUAAGGGCACUGAGGGUGCUGUUAAACUUGGACUGGACAGCAAACCUGGCCAAAACUCAACAUGUUAAAGGCACUUGGCAAAAACUCUUCCAGAAAAUGCACACUGAUUGAAGGCUUAAUCGGUUUCCACCCCAGGGAAAAUGAAUUGGAUAAUCAUUUGGAACAUUGGGAUGAGGUUCAUUACCCAUAACUGGUGCUUCUUGUUAUUUGAUCAGAAUCUUUAAAGCAUGUACAAAAGCCCUGACAUACGUAAACGUAUCAAAUAAAAGUUGAGUUAAAAAAAAAAAAACUGGUGGAAGUGAGAACUCGCAGGGUAAAUUCAGCAUAACUUACAUUUUCAAUAAAUGAAUGACAGCACUGGCUUUCAACAUGAGCUGUUAGGACCUGAGACCUACCUCUGAUGACUACAUCAGUCACUCAUGUUUUCAGCUGCUUUUCCUGUUUGUGCUCCAACACCACCACAAAUUGAAGCCUUCAAAAUGAUUCUGCAGUUGAAUCAACACCUACAGAUGGAGAUGCUCCUAUCUGUAAAAUAUUUCUGGGUCAACCCAUAACUUCUUGUGUAAAAGGAGUUCCAACAUGAACCGUCAAAGCCUUUUUUUUGUGCUGGACUUGUGAAGGGACAAGAUAAUUGGUUGGCUUAUAAAGGAUUUGGGUUGAGAAAGAUGAACAGCUUAGUUGAAACAAAUUUGAAUUUAAAAUUGUGCAGAUUGAACGGACCAAAUAUUAGUAUGGCCUUGUUUGUGUAUUGCCAACUGUAUAGAUGUCAUGGAUGAAAAUAUGCUUUCAUUGUGCUUAUGUGUUUCAGGAAAGAGUAUUUAUACUAAAAAAUAAAGUAAUGGAAAAUCA